UGCUAGGUCGAGCUUCGAGCAGAGGAUGCGACGGAGCUGGAAGAUGGCUCUGUCCGGGGGGCUGCGGUGCUGCCGCCGCAUGCUGGCUUGGGUGCCCGUGCUCGUCAUCGUGCUCGUUGUGCUUUGGUCCUACUACGCCUAUGUCUUCGAGCUGUGCGUGGUGACUGUGGCCAGCACAGUAGAAAAAGUCAUCUACCUCACAGUGUACCAUGCCCUCUUCGUGUUCUUCAUCUGGACCUAUUGGAAAUCUAUCUUCACUCUCCCACAUCAGCCACACCAGAAGUUCUUCAUGUCCUACGGAGACAAGGAACGCUAUGAAAAUGAAGAAAGGCCUGAGGUUCAGAAGCAAAUGCUCCUUGACAUAGCCAAGAAGUUGCCAGUGUACACAAGGACUGGGAAUGGAGCUGUACGAUUCUGUGACCGGUGCCAUCUGAUCAAGCCUGAUCGCUGCCACCACUGCUCUGUCUGUGCCAUGUGUGUCUUGAAAAUGGAUCAUCACUGUCCUUGGGUGAAUAACUGCAUUGGAUUUUCCAACUAUAAAUUCUUCCUUCAGUUCUUGGCCUACUCUGUUCUCUACUGCCUCUACAUUGCUUCGACUGUUUUCCAAUAUUUCAUCAAAUAUUGGGUGGGUGACCUGCCGAAUACACGCUCCAAGUUUCAUGUCCUCUUCCUCCUCUUCGUGGCUUGCAUGUUCUUCGUCAGCUUGAUGAUUCUCUUUGGGUACCAUUGCUGGCUUCUGAGCAGAAACAAAACGACCUUGGAGGCCUUCUCUGCUCCGGUAUUUCUGAGUGGCCCGGACAAAAAUGGGUUCAACCUUGGCUUCAUCAAAAACUUCCAGCAAGUGUUUGGUGAGAACAAGAAGCAGUGGUUACUCCCCAUUGGGUCCAGCCCGGGCGAUGGACAUUCCUUCCCAAUGAGGUCCAUGAAUGAAUCCCAGAACCCACUGCUGGCCAACGAAGAGCACUGGGAGGAUAACGAGGAGGAUGGUCGAGAUUUCCUGGAAAGCUCAUCAUCGCUUACCAUUGAAAUGGAGACAUAGCACUUUCCCCAUCUCCUGCUUCUGUCCACUAGGCCCCCAUCACCUCUCCUUUCUAUGAGGCUGGCAGAGUUCAAGAUCUGGAGAUGCCCAGUGUUCAAAACGCCCCCACGGUGGAGUAUGAUUGGAUCAAACCAAACCCCUGACGAUCUGGAAAUAUCCCGCCCCAUGCCUGAUGUGCCAAUUUUUCAGGGCUUUCCAAGCCUUUGUUUCAUGUAGUGAUUCCACUAGGCAGCUGGAUGGCCACUGAUCCAAGCCUAUCCACUCUUGCCUCUUUCCCCUUUAUUCCCACUUCCGUGCCCCCGAUCAGUGAGGGCCUUAAUGCAACACUGGGCUUCUUUCCAUUUGCUCUGGCAUGCCCACUGGGCUGCAGAUGCCUUCCUCUUCAGAGCCCCCUCUUCCCCCCCAUUGACCUGGGAAGCCCAGGAAGCCCCUCUAUUGUGGUGUGUGCGGGGCAUUCGAGUAUGUAUGCUGCAUGCGCCUCUGUGUGUGUGUGCGUGUGUGCGUGUGAGAGAGAGAGCGCGCGCAUUUACACAUAUGCAAAAGUACAUGUGUGGGUACAGGCUGUGUACAUAAACUGGCAUUAAGGUGAAUGGCUGAUCACCAGAAGAACCAAGAUUAACAACUAGGGCUGGAGCAUUGCCUGGAGCCUCUGUCUAGACACAAGCUUCCCUGCCCCUGACCCCCACCCCACCAACUGGCUGAGCUCUUGAAUGCAACCCUCAGACUAAGCAGGACCUUCCAAUUUCUGAAAGACCUUCCCCUGCUGAAAAGGCUUAUGGGGAAACCUCCCCCCCAGCCCAUUUUCCCUCCUCAGCCCCAGGGCCUCAGUCUGAGUGUGGCCCAGCUCAAAGCCGCGCCCCACCCCCCAAAAGAAAGAGGGAGCACUCUUGCCAUUCUGCAGCUGUUCAGCAGACAGAUUUCAGCUCUAUCCCACCACAGGCCCAUGUCCCAGCUACAAAGGACCACAGACAUCUUGUCCAUACAGACACUACUCCCAACCUCCCAUCAAAGCAGAGGAAACUGAGGCCUUGAAAGGAAUGGAUUUCCCUACCCAAGUCCCAUGGCAGAGGCAGGAUUUGAACCCAGGGUCUCAGACUCCCAGUCUGGUGUGCUUUCUGCUCCACCCUUGUUGGUACAGGAGCUAAUAGAUGAGACCAGAGCAGAUUCAGGGCAACAGGUGUCAGAUGCUCAACCCUUCCCCACCCAACACAUUUCCUUCCUCCCCAACACGUUUCCCUGCACACACACACCCCAUGUUUGUAGACUUCACAAGCAGGUUUAAUAUAUGGGCCAUGGGCUUUGAGGACAAUUUUUCAAUCUUAACCCUGUUCCUUUCCUAAGGAACAAGUUGCCUCGAGCUCCCACCAUGCAAAGACUUAGGUUUAUUCAGCAACCACACUGAUAACUGAGCAGUAACACGCCAGUCCUUUCUUCCACCUUUUCAGAGCUUGGCUGGGAGCUCAGCUAUCAGGAUGGCUGGCUAGUUUCCAUUGGUUGCCCUCUUUCCUUAUAAUCGGCCUCUCCCUGAUCCUUGGUCCAGCGUGUUUAGCCUUUCCUGCUACCUUGGAGUACUGAUGCAUUUGGCUUCCCCAGAACAAAGAGAAGGCCAAAGCCUCCCAGACCAGCCUUGGAGGCCUGCAUGGCUGUUGGAUGGAGCUCCUGGAGCUGAGCUUCCAGAGCAAAGCUUCCAGAGGCUGGGCCCGGCUCCAGGGAAGCUCAGGACCAGGUGUUUUCGACCCACCCAGAGCCCUCUGGCCAAGGCAGCCUCAGGAGCAAAGUUGAACUGUUAUAGGAGUGGCUCCAUCUGUCUAUUGUCAAGAGGUUAGGUUCCUGGUCCUUGUAAAAGCCAGAAGCCAAAUGACUGCCUAGAAGACUGUGUCCCCCUCCAGGAACAGAGAGAAGGCUGUUUUCUCCCAUCUCAGCAGAUUCCCCACUUUCUUCUCCUACAGAUUGGAAGCACAGGAGAGGAGGUGAAUGAAGAUCCACUAGUCCAACCUCCGUCACCUUAAAGGCCAUGAGUAGGAGAAAGUGAUGCAGGGAGGCAGCUGAGCUGGGAUUUGAACCUGGCUCUUCCAGUUCCCAAUCCAUUGCCCUAUCCUCCCAUGCUGCCUUUUCUGCCAGUGGUUCUGAUGAAGCAUCUACUGUCUAUAAUCCCAGACUAGGUGAUGUCCCCCAUGCCUGGGCAUUUAUUAAUAUUUCCCUCCCAGAAGUCAAGGAAUCCUAGGAGAGUAAGAGCCCAGUCAGCCCCUCACAAUACUCUACUGGAGGGCUCCGAGAGGCCACAGCAGGCAUGGUUUCAUCCAGCAUUCUUGGCACCUUGGUUCCACUGGUGUCCAACAAGCUAGAGGCCCUGCUGAGAAAGAGAUAGUACAUUUGCUUAGAAUCCGAAACUGUACAGACUAGUUGAAAGCUGGGAGGAAGCUUAGUGAUCAUCUGGUUCAGUGGACCUGGAGUCCCUGAACUUGGUUUUUCGAGUAUUUUGAUGACUGCAUUUCAGUACAGUUGGUUUCCUUUGUAAUCCUACAUAUUUGAUUUUGCACAUCUAAGAAUGAUUUUGAGAAGGGCUCCACAACCUUCACCAGAUUAUCAGAGGGGCCCAUGACACGACAAAGGUGAACAACCCAGCCUAGUCUAAGCCCACUAGAACAGGCCUGUCUUUAUUAUGGACUUCAUACCACUCGGUGCUCCAGCCACUAGCCCUCAUCUUUACCAGAUGUGAAACCUAGCCUAAGGCUGAAAGGUGCUAGUCCUAUCUUCUGUCCUCACCUCAGUCAGUCCAAUACAGGCCUAGAAUGAGAAGUUGGACCACCCCAGUAUUACUCAAUAUCCUGUGAUCACAUGAGCCCUUAAUGCCUUUCUCCUUUGUGGGGCAACAAGAUGGGGAAGACUUGCUCAAAUUUUUUUUUUUAAGCUAAUGAAGGCUCAGAAAAGUGUCCAUUUAGGCAAGGCUGGAUCAUUUGGGAACACAACUGUUAAGGACCCCCGCCAUUCUGUCCUGGUGACAAUCACCCCCUCUGUGCAUUCCUGAACCUCAGCUUAAAGUGGAAUCCAAAGCUCUAGGGCCAUGGCUCAGCCCUGCCAUUUCCUGGCUCUGAGAGUGGAGGCUGAGUCUCCCUUCCCUCACCCAGUAAAUGAGGUUGGGCUAGAUGAGCUCGGGGGUGGCUUUCAGCACAUGAUCCUAGGACUCAGGAUCUCAUGUGGUGGCAUAUCCAUGUUUGCUCAUGAACGCUCUGCCAGUCAGCAUCCCAAAUCAGAUGAUUAGAACCUUCCAUGAGCCCGUUCUCUUUGAAAAUUCAUGGGCUCCAUAUGACCAAUGGGAAAGAGCUGUUCGAAAUCAUCUAGCCCAGUGGCAUCCAUUACCAAACGAGGAACCAGGCAGAGAACAUGAGCUGUCAGUUGCCUGAUGUCCCACAGCUAAGAAUUGGCAGAGCCAGGAAUUGAACCUGGGUCUUCUGCCCCCAAGUCUAGGGCUCUUUCCAAUUCUGUCUCAGUUGGCUUGGGAGGUGCAGUCCACUAACAUUUCUUUCAACACAGCCUCAAAGAGUAGCCUUUUGCAUGUGAAUGAAGUGUAACAUAGCAAGGAACAGGCACUUCCAAAAAGCGCAGUCAGUAACUGUUCGCUUCCCCACGAGGGCUGAGGCAGACUCCAGGGUGGUUCUACAAAUAAGUUCACAUGCACCUUCCCCGAGAAAGAGAUGAUGAAUGUAAGGCCCAAGAAAUGGGCUUUCUGUAGCAGACAGCAGGCAAGAAGAGACGGUAUGGCUGAAAUGCCUUUGGGAAACAUCCCCUCUCACAAACCUCCUGCUGGUUAACCAAGCUGAGGGCCAGGGCAGAAGGCUCCUUCCUGCUCUUUCUCUGUAAUGUGUUCAAUGGACUAGAGAGAACUGCCCCUCUGAGCAAGGAAACCAAGUCCCCAUUCGCUCAGCAAUUGAGGUCAGCUUGCCAAUUUGCUACUGAUGCUCCUCUCCCCCAAUUUCUUGUUUUCAUCUGUGCCAAUGAGACUGUAUAUGGUGCUCUGACUCUUGCUACCAAGCAUUGAUUCCAAAAGGCUGGCGAUCUAUUCCAGUGUAUGCAUCGGGUUGUCAUUUCUUAUAGCCAAUACCAUCGAGGGGCUUUAGCCCCCUUUCUGUCAGUUUCCACACAUCCCAUUAGAUGGAAUGGAACACAGUGUGGGGUUCGUGCACACCCAGGUAUGUCACACUGAUUCCACUUACAGAAUCCUGUUCUUUCAAAGCUAGAAGAGACCUUUGAGAUCACCAAGAGCAGCUCCCUUGUUUUACAGAGAAGGAAACUGAGACCCAGAGAGUGGAAAUAGAAAGAGACUGCUAUUCCACACAGUGGAGAGAAUGUUGGACUUGGGAGCAGGAAAAGCUGAGUUUGAAAAUCUGCCUCAAAUAUUUAUCAGCUGUUUGACCUUGGACAAGUCAUUUAACCUCAAUCUGCCUCAAUUGAUUCAUCUGCAAAAGAGGGAUAGUAAUAGCACCUAUCUCCCAAGGUGGUUGUGCCAAUCAAAUGACAACAUAUGUACGGUGUUUUGUCAUAAAAAUGCUAGUUAUUGAUUAUUAUUAUUGUCCACCCUCACACAACUAGCAAGCUCCAUGCUUGCCUCUAGAACCCCAAAGUUCCACUAGUUUCUCUUCUUGCUUUCAGAAUGAACAAAGUUUAGAAAUCGUUUCAACUUGGGCCCUUAGUCUGAAUUAAGGUUAUUUAGAAGUUGAAAUGGCCAUGUUCUGGCCAGAGAGAGAUUGUGCAUUCAGAAUCUGUAGGCUGGCACACAAGUGAGGGGCAGAGACAGACAGGUGGAGCUGCCUACCAAGCCUGGGUUCAAAUCCUAGAUUCUUAACAUACUUAGCCUCUUGGUGUCCCCACGUUACAAAAAAGGUGCUGACUUCCAUUGGUAGGGGAAGCUUCUUCCUCUGGGAUGUCCACGUACCAGUGCAGACCUGGCCCCUCUCCCUCUGUACCCACAUGGAUGAGAAAACAUUAUGUGUUCCUAUUUGUCCGUUUUAUAAACACCAAAAUAAUUUUUUAGAUCCAUGUAGGUUGGCUGCCUCCCCCACCCCCCAAAAUUCCAUAAGGGUUUAUCUCUUUAGCAGGUUUAAAAUCUAAUUGGAAUCUGCAGUACCACUGAAAGUGACUUGUUUUCUCCUUGGCUCACAAAGAGGGGCCCUUUCCUCCCAUAGCAGACAAUCCUGAAAAAUCUGAAGGUUUUUAACAAACCUAGCUUUGAGGUGGAGGGGAAGGACCCUUCACCCCUAAGAAACGUUACCAACCUAACCAAUUUGGCCCAUUAGCAUAGACACACACCCAGCUGCAGAAAGUCUGGCCUGGUCUAAAAGAAGUCCCACUGUGGCAAAUGAGAACUGGAAUGAAAGUAGAAAAUAAUCUAAGGAUUGGCCCGAGGACAGCAAACGCUGUUGGUAACGAUGGUGACUGAGAGCUAUGGAUGCAUUGGUCCAAAAUGAAGGGACUCUCUGGAGGGGUGGGGGUGGGAGAAUUAAAGAAGAGAACCAGAGCCAACACAGAGUUGCCAUUUAACCCCUUAGCCUGUGACUUCCCCCAAACUCAGACCGAAUGAAGUUUUAAUGAAGAAAACCACAGAUUUGGUCUCUAGGAUUCUCCUGUUAGCUAAGUGGCCCAGAGAGGUGACUUCAGAUCUCUGCUUCUGGGCCUGGUUAUUUUCAAACGAGAAUCACCUGGCGUGUGUGCCAUUGCUAAGCAACCCAGUUGUUUCAAGUACUGUCCUUUCUCACAGACUCUUGGAGCUUUCUACUUUUUACCUGCCUCAAGUAUUUGGGGAAAAUUAACUUUCACUAAAAUAAUUGGGACCUAGCAUAAACCUUGCAUCAUUAGAAGGCUCUCAAGAGGAGCUGAUAAUAGCUAACUAUGGUACUGAAAUAACACUUUAAGAUCUGCAAAAUGCUUUACAACAAAAAUAUUAUCUCAUUUGAUCCUCAACUCUGGGGGAGACAGGUGCUAUCAUUAUGUCCCAUUUUAUAGAUGAGGAAACUGAGGCAGACAGAGGGUAAGCGACUUCCCCAGUUCACACAGCUAGUAACUGUCUGAGACUGGAUGUGAACUCAGGUCUUCCUGUCCCCAGAUCUAGCUCUCCAUGCACACUGGUGCCACCUCACUGCAGCUGAUAC